GUCAUAUCAGAUCAAAUACUUCCUGAAUGGGUCGAAUUUAAGAACUUUCUUUAGCUGACUCCGACAGUUGUAGAAGUUCAGUUUCCCGAAUUUUUCGAUUACAAGUUUACAACAAUCUUGCAACGGUUUCGGACUUACACGGAUUUCUGUUGAUGAUUUUAAGUUUCUUUGGUAAAAGGUGAUGUUUAUUAAUCCUUCAUUUCCCAGGCAGUUUCUGGUUUAGCAACGUUUUGGGAAAGACGUACUAGUAAAGUGAUUCAGAAUUCUAGAAUAGGGGUUCAUUACGCGCGCUAGGUUACAAGUUCUUUCGUUCAAUGUGGAGAACGGCGGUCUUUCCAAUAAUUUGCGCCACUUUCGCUCUUUUUGCUUUCGCUGCGGAAAAGGAAGACAGAAAAGAUGCGAAAAAUGUCGCCACAGUGAUUGGCAUUGAUCUUGGAACAACGUAUUCGUGCGUUGGAGUUUUCAGAAAUGGCAGCGUGGAAAUCAUCGCCAACGAUCAAGGAAACCGUAUUACUCCCUCGUAUGUGGCAUUCACCCCCGAAGGCGAGCGACUCGUGGGUGACGCCGCGAAGAACCAGCUGACGUCCAACCCGGAGAACACCGUCUUCGACGUGAAGCGUCUGAUUGGUCGGGAAUGGUCGGAUCCCUCCGUGCAGGCCGACAUCCAGCACUAUCCCUUCAAAGUUGUCAACCGCAACGGAAAACCUCACGUGGAAGUGUCCGUAGCUGGCAGUAAGAGGAUCUUCACUCCCGAAGAGAUCAGCGCCAUGGUGCUGGGCAAGAUGAAGGAGACCGCGGAGGCCUACCUCGGCCAUCCCGUGACCCAUGCCGUCAUCACUGUGCCGGCCUACUUUAACGAUGCGCAGCGUGCGGCCACUAAAGAUGCGGGCACCAUCAGUGGACUUAAUGUGAUGCGCAUUAUUAACGAGCCCACCGCCGCAGCCAUUGCCUACGGUCUGGAUAAGAAGGGGGAAAAGAACGUUCUAGUGUUUGAUCUGGGCGGUGGCACCUUCGACGUGUCGCUUUUGACCAUUGAUAACGGGGUAUUUGAAGUCCUGGCAACCAACGGGGACACUCACUUGGGUGGUGAAGAUUUCGACCGGCGGGUUAUGGAGCAUAUCGUCCAACUGUUCAAGAAGAAGCACGACAAGGACCUCCACAAAGACCAGCGUGCUGUUCAGAAGCUGCGUCGUGAAGUAGAAAAAGCCAAGCGUGCGCUCAGUAGCCGGCACCAGACCCGCAUUGGAAUUGAAUCACUCGUCGAUGGUAUUGAUUUCACUGGGACUCUGACUCGCGCUAAAUUUGAAGAACUGAACAUGGAUCUUUUCCGAUCCACCAUGAAACGAGUGCAGAAAGUUUUGGAGGAUGCCCACAUGAGAAAGGCGGACAUUCAAGAGAUCGUCCUUGUCGGUGGAAGUACCCGUAUUCCCAUGGUCCAGCAGCUGGUCAAGGAUUUCUUCGACGGCAAAGAGCCAUCCCGCGACGUCAAUCGCGAUGAAGCUGUCGCCUAUGGUGCCGCCGUGCAGGCUGGAAGGUUGGGUGGUGAGAAAACAGUCGGGGAAAUUCUGGUCAUGGAUGUCAACCCCUUAACUCUGGGUAUCGAGGCCGUCGCUGGUGUUAUGACCAAACUGAUCCGCCGUAACACCGUUCUUCCUACGAAGAAGUCCAUGAUUUUCAGUACCGCCGCUGACAACCAGUCCACCGUCAGUUUUCAGUUGUUCGAAGGAGAAGGUCGUAUGACCAAGUACGACCAUCCGCUGGGCAAGAUCAGUCUUUCCGGUAUACCUCCUGCAUCUCGUGGUGCACCCCAGAUUGAAGUGACCUUCCGAAUCGAUGCCAGCGGUAUUCUUCACGUAUCUGUUGAGGGCGCCGGCAACAAACAGAAUAUCACCAUCACCAACGAACAGAACCGCCUGAAUCCGGAAGAUAUGGAGGAGGAGUCUGAACAGUUUAAUGAGGGUGAUAGGUUGGCAAAAAAACGCGGUGUAGCUGGCUGACAGAAUUAUGUUUUGAAGGCUGUUUUUAUCGUUCAUUGAAGGCUGCUUUUAUCGUAUUACCUGCCACGAGCAAAAAAAUGGAAGUACUUUACACUGAGUUUGUACCUACCACCUUGCUGUCGGCACACUUCUGAAGACGCAUGAAAUAUUGGUAUAUGAAAUAGCAUGAUCCAGGCCCGUAGCGAGACUCCACUGCAAUUUUCAAACUAUACCGUCCCCCCACAGUUUUCAUCGGCAAGAUGCAACGUAGAUCCGGAAGUCCUGCGUGACGUUUAUUCUUCCACUAUACCGGCACGAACGUUUUUCAUAUCUGCUCCCGAGUGAUGUUGCGCCUUUUAAACCGUAAAAUUUUUCGACGGCAUCUGUAGAUGUCGUGAGCUUAUUUUCUGGCUUUCGGUAUGCUUGCAUCAUAUGCGGCAGGCAAAAUGCAA